AUGGCCGGCCCAAGAGCAGGGGGCGGCGGCCCAUCGCAGUUCCCUAAGGAAUAUGCGGCUAGACAGGCACUGAAUCGGGAGGCAACCAUUUACUUUGCGGCUGCGAUGGCUGGGCUCAUUGGGAUAGUUACCAUCUUUCAUCUGAUCCGGGUGGUUGGGCGGAGAGGCAGUCUUGCCUCAGCGCCCACAGUUCUCGCCAGUCCGUUCUUCUAUACUUCACGGGUACUAAGGAAUGUCCUUAUUCGUAAGGUGCCCGGCCUUCCCUCGGCUGGUCAUGCUGGUUUGGCGGUCGCAUACGUUACACUCAAUAUAGUGCUGACCUUCACCCAUCUUCUGGAUGAUCCUGUCAUGUCAUUGAAGUCGAACGUGGCCGCCAGGACGGGUUGGCUUUCUCUCGCUAAUAUCUGUCUCGCCAUCUUCCUCGGCAUGAAGAACACCCCCUUGGGCUUUCUGACAACAUGGUCCUAUGAGCGCCUCAACUCCAUACACCAGGUAGUCGGGUACACGACCAUGGCCCUGGUCAUCAUCCACGCUGCGGCGUACACCGAUUACUUCGCCGAUAGUGGGAACUGGGCUCGCCUACGGGUGAUCGACGAGAUCUACGGUAUUGUUGCAGGAUUCACCAUGCUCACUCUGGUUGUUGUGGGGUUUACCAUCCGCCGCCGGUAUUAUGAGCUCUUCUACCUGAUCCACGUGUCAUUUUUCGUUCUGUCCAUGGUUUUCAUCGGCCUCCAUCAGCCCGAUAUCCCGAAGCAAAUCUUCGCCAUCACGGCGGCGGGAGCCGGCAUCUGGGUUUUCGAUCGAAUCGUACGGAUCUUCCGAGUCACCUGGUAUAGCUUCAACAACAAGGCGACAGUCCACCCUCUUCCCCACGGUGGCACUCGCAUCGUCUUGCGCAAGCCACCCAAGGGGGCACGGUCGGGCGAGCAUUGCUUCCUGUGGAUACCCAAGAUCAGGCUGCUCGAGAUGCAUCCGUUCACAAUCGCGGCCAUGGACCCCUUGGAGUUCGUCAUCGCUUCGUAUGAUGGGUUUACGUCGGACCUCCAUAAGUUUGCCAAGGCGAAUCCGGGUGCAACCAUCAGAGCUUCUGUCGAAGGCUCUUACGGCUCCUUCCCGGAUCCUGCCGCUUACGACAAGGUGGUGCUUAUUGCCGGGGGGAGCGGUGCCAGUUUCACGGUCGGCAUGGCACUCAACAUGCUCAAGAGGCUCAAGCCCAGAUCUCAGCAGAGAAUUGAAUUUGUUUGGAUGGUCAAGGAUUGUGAUCACUUUGAUUGGUUUUCUGGUCAUCUCUCAACCAUUCGACAUACACUGAAUGGAUCCAUCUCCCUCUUCGUGACGCGGUCACCCCAGCCCAAUAUGACCAUGACAAGCACCACCCUGGCUCAAGUUGAUCUGCCCAACUCAGCGGCAUCAUAUACUCCUGAUAGUGCUCCUGGCUCACCUAUAGACCUCGAGGAGAAGUAUCCUCUGCCCCUUGAGCGCCCUGCCGGUGCUUUCUUUCGCCACGUCUCCGAUCCCGAGAAGUCAGGCGCCGAGACGGAUUUCUCGUCUCCAGUCUCUGCUUUAUCCGUAGCCGCGGGCCAGAGCCACCUACAUGGUAUCCCCAUCACGUACGGGCGGCCUGACGUGUCAGAAAUCGUCAAGAAGGCCAUUGACGGCACACCAGUCAAUCAGCGGGUAUUGGUCAUGUGCUGUGGACCCGAUGGUCUGACGACGGAGGUACGAAACACGACGGCACGGAAUAUAAGCCGUAAGGGCCCGGCCGUGGAGCUUCACUGCGAGCAGUUUGGUUGGUGA